AACUGUAAACUGUGGUACUAGUUGGGACAAAAGGGUACUCAUUUUGGCUAAAUCCACGCGAGCAAUUGAUUGAUUCAAAGCUUAAAAGCGCGCGAGCGAGGGUUUCGUUUUGUUCAGAAUCAAGACUCAACAACAGUAUUCAAUUCACCAUGAAAGAGCUCUGUAGAAAUUUCCAGCGAGGCAGUUGUACUUAUGGAGAAAGGUGUAGAUUUCUUCAUCAACAACCAAAUCAACAGCAGCGUAAAUCUAAUGCUUUUGGAGGACAGACCAAUUCAUAUCAACAACCCAAUAAAAACCCUUUUGGAUUUGGGUCUGCUGCUGCCUCUGCCCCUAACCAACAGCAAAAGAACAAUCCUUUUGGUUUUGGAUCACAGAAUGCCUCCCAGUCAAAUGGGGCCCCCAAAUCAAACCAAUUCCAGCCUUUUGAAAACAAAUGGAGUCGAACAUCAUCCAAACCCCAGAAUGGCACUCAACGUGCCUCUGAUAACAAUUCCCAAACAGUGAAUCAUAAAUGCACAGAUCCUGAGGUUUGCAAGCGCCAGAUUGCAGAAGAUUUUGAGCAAGAGAAACCACUUUGGAUACUUACAUGCUAUGGUCAUUGCAAAGGUGCUCCUUGUGACAUUAUUGGAGAUAUUAGCUAUGAAGAAUUACGAGCAUUGGCAUACGAGGAUGCUAAGAAUGGAAUGAGUUUGCCAUUAAUUGUUGAAAAAGAGAGAAACAUACUGAAAUCAAAGUUGGUUGAGUUUGACAAACUACUUUCCGAACCCUACAAAAUGCCUCUGAAUUCUUCUCUUGACAUUCAAAAGUACCAAUCUAAUGGAGGCAAUGUAAAUGCAUUUUCACAAGCUACUCAAAAUAAUAGUCCUUUAUCAGUCUCAAGCUUUAGCCAACUGGGUGCUUCACUGAACACUGGUUUUGAAAGGCCCUCUGCACCACUAGUGACCCCUCCAGCGCAGCCUAAUUCCUUUGGAAGUGGAGGAAACCUUUUCACAUCCAACACAGGAAACCUAUUCGGCAGUGUAAUCUCGGGUGCUCAAAACAACACAGGAAACUCUUUCACAUCCAACACAGGAAACCUAUUCAGCAGUGGAAUCUCAGGUGCUCAAAACAACACCGGAAACGCUUUCACAUCCAACACAGGAAACAUAUUUGGCAGUGGAGUCUCAAGUGCUCAAAACAACAACCCCUUUUCUACUCCAGCGACAAUGUUUCCAGGAUCAACUUCUCAAUUCCAACAACCAUCUAUUGCGUUCAAUAACACUAGCUCCGCCACAAUGCUUCAGACAGCAUCAUCAGAUGUUCAGUUAAAUACAUCCCAAGUGGAGAAUGCGUCUGUAGAUGACAGUAUCUGGUUAAAAGAAAAAUGGAAUCCUGGAGAGAUUCCUGAAGAAGCUCCUCCAGACAGAUUUAUUCGGUAGAGAUCUCUGUACUGCCAUGGGAUACAGAGCAAUUUUGUUGCGAUCGCAUCUGACAUUUUCCAGCUCAAAUUUACCAAAUGUGUUCUAAUUAUGAUUUGUACAUAUCUCUAGUUUCUAAAAAUGAUCGUUGGAUGAAAAUUGUGUUGACAUGAUCACACACACAUGAUGUCAAGCCAUCACACUUUCUGCCAGUUUAUUAUAUAGUGUUUCUAAAGGUGAAACACACCAUUCAGGUGUUAAGAAUUA